GUCUACAAAAUUUAGCUUUUAUCACUUAAUUACAAAAUCUUUAGAAUCGAAAACCAAAAAGAAAAGAAAAAAAUGAACGUUCAAAUUUUCAUCCUCCUUUUGAUAAUCUCAUGGCUUACACCGAAGAUUACUUCUCUUCCUCCUGAAUCUCAAGUCCUUGAUCGAAGUAGUUUUCCUGAUGAUUUUGUUUUCGGAACCGCUAUAUCGGCCUUUCAGAGCGAAGGUGCAACAAGCGAAGGUGGAAAAUCGCCAACUAUUUGGGAUUACUUCAGCCACACCUUUCCAGAAAGAACCAAUAUGCAGAAUGCAGAUGUAGCCGUCGAUUUUUACCAUCGUUAUAAGGAUGACAUCAAAUUGAUAGAAGAGCUAAAUGUGGACGCUUUCAGAUUUUCGAUUUCGUGGGCCAGAUUAAUACCCAGUGGAAAGGUAAAGGAUGGAGUAAACAAAGAAGGUGUACAAUUCUACAAGGCUCUCAUAGACGAGCUUAUUGCUAAUGGCAUUCAACCUUCGGUGACUCUCUAUCAUUGGGACCAUCCUCAAGCUCUUGAGGACGAGUAUGGUGGUUUUUUAAACCCUCAAAUAAUAGAAGAUUUUCGAAAUUUUGCAAGAGUUUGUUUUGAAAAUUUCGGAGACAAAGUUAAGAUGUGGACAACAAUCAACGAGCCUUAUGUUAUAAGUGUUGCGGGCUACGACACGGGCAUCAAAGCGGUUGGACGGUGCUCGAAAUGGGUGAAUAGUCGGUGUCAAGCCGGUGACUCGGCCAUCGAGCCUUACAUUGUAUCACAUCACCUUCUUCUUUCCCAUGCUGCGGCAGUACAAGAGUUCCGAAAUUGUAACAAGACUUUACAAGAUGGUAAGAUUGGGAUAGUGAUAUCUCCUUGGUGGCUUGAGCCUUACGACUCUACAUCGUCUGCUGACAAAGAAGCCGUUGAACGAGGCCUUCCCUUAGAACUAGAGUGGCAUUUAAAUCCGGUGAUUUACGGAGAUUAUCCUGAAACAAUGAAAAAGCAUGUCGGAAAUAGAUUACCUGCUUUCACACCAGAACAAUCAAAGAUGUUAAUAAAUUCAUCAGAUUUCAUUGGAGUAAACUAUUAUAGCAUACACUUCACCGCUCAUCUCCCUCAUAUCGAUCAUACUCGACCUCGAUUCAGAACUGAUCACCAUUUUGAGAAGAAAUUAAUAAAUCGCAGUAACCACGAAACUGGACCAGGAGAUGAUCGAGGCAAAAUUCACUCGCAUCCAGAAGGUUUGCGAAGAGUUCUGAACUAUAUCAAAGAUAAAUACAAUAACCCUAUCGUCUAUGUAAAAGAGAAUGGAAUAGAUCACUACGAUGAUGGUACAAAAUCGCGGGAAACAAUUCUCAAGGACACAUUUAGGAUAAGCUACCAUCAGGACCAUCUUAAACAAGUUCACAAAGCUAUAAUAGAGGAUGGGUGUGAUGUUAGAGGAUAUUACGUGUGGUCUUUAUUCGACAACUUCGAGUGGGAGCAUGGAUAUAAUUCUAGAUUCGGUAUGUACUAUGUUGACUUCAAAAACAAUCUCCAACGGUAUCCUAAAGAUUCCGUCAACUGGUUCAAGAAAUUCCUCAGUAGACCGGUGGUAAGAAGUGAAGAAACAGAGGAUGAAAAAGUAUGCAAUGUGUCACGCAAGGAAGAAAAAAUUAAUAAGGCUUUGGAUGUCUCAGAGGGUUUCAAGACUUCAGUUGAUUCUAUUGUCAAUCUCAUCAAAAACGGAUCGAGAAUAGAAGAAGAAGAUGAUGAAGAAGAGAGAGAUUUCUGUGCUUUUAAGAAUCAUAAUGAUCAGUUGGGUUUCUUUCUGAAGCUACAGAACUCAUUGGGAUUCUAGAGAACCUUUUUGAGGACGAUCGAGACUCUUUAGCUUUUCUAGUUGUGCGUGUUUUAGUAAUCUAUGUAUAGUAGUACCAAUAAGGGAAAUAUCUAGUCGUCGUGAGUAAGUAGUAACAUUCGUGAUUAUGGGUUUUUAAUCACGUGAAACUCGUAAAGUGUAUAUUAUGUUCCUUUUAUUUUUGAGACUGAAUCAUAUGAGAUUUACUG